UCAUCCGCUGUCGAAGUCGACAUGCAGUGAAGAUAAGAAGUUGGUUCUAUGAGAUAACUGGCGCACUUGAGCAUACCUGUGGCUGUGCCACAACAAAGGAAACGGCACGCAUCCAAAAGCCCCUAGAUCCGGUGACACCGAAGCCGUCAUCAGCACUGUAGAGUACUCGACCUCUGAAUGAAUGAAUGCCACAUUGAAAAGUGCUGUUGCACUGCGUUGAAGAGAGACACACACGCUUAUAUGUCUAUAGUUGAGUCGAGAAUUUAGUGUUGGCUAACCCGCUUUUGCCGCCAUUGCUUUUGCCGCCAUUUUCUUGCCGUAUCGAUUGCACUUCGUGCAU